UGCUCUAUAUAUUCAUGUCUGCAUACACUCAAGUAUAUUGAAGAGGUUCAAUCCAAAAAAAAUCAUUAACAGCGGGAUACAUAACUAAAUAUACAGGUUCGGUACGAAAGGGUGUGUCGCUUCUUCGUUGUAACUCUAAUAAAGCGUCUAAUGCCUGUUAGCUUGGAUGCCAUGAUGAAGAGGCCCGCAGUAUGUUAUACAAUUUUCAAGGAAACAUAUAGGGGCACUCUGGAGGCAACCGAUGCGGGUUUCAAUGUAGUUUUUUCUGAAUGCACAUCUCACAAUGACGGCAGUGAUGUUGGAAAACCUAAUGCACUCACAUUUCUCCGAGGCGACACGGUCGUGUAUUUGGGUUCCGAUGCCCCUAUUGGGUCUUCAUAGUAAGCAAACGGGAAAA